AUGAUCAGAUUUAUUUCUGUCCAAACAAAACCAUAUCAAGGGUAAAAUAACCUAGACAUACUUGUUGACAAUCAAAUUUACUAAUAGUACUUUAAUGGUGGCCAAAACUUAAUCAUUGAAGCCGAAUUUGGAAACACAUUAAUUUAAGAAAUCAACCUACGUAGAUUAUUUUAACUUAAAAUUAGAUCUUCAUCCUUAGCCUGAGAAGGAUGUCUUAUAUAAAUGUUACAAUCUUAAUGAAUUAGAUCAAGAGUAUAAACGAAUUAGUGGAAAGUUGAUAAAAAUAAGGAAUGAAGAAAAUUAUACCACAUACGCUGCAUUUGUUAAAUCAGAAGUGGUAUUUAUUAUUCAUUUAUCAUAUAAGCCAUUCACACGAUUAACAAUAACGAUACAAUCAGAGAAAUCUGAUUUCUUUAAAAUAUAUUAUUUUGGCGUAAGAGGUAGGAAUAUAGAAGAGGAAUUGUAGCAAUAAGAAUCAAUUGAAUAGAAAAACAUUAAAGUGAUAUUAAAGCCAGGCAGAAAAACUGAAACCUUUAACAAUAGAAUUGUAGACAACGAUAAAAUGACUCCCUCAGAAUUCUUUAGUCGAGUUAAAAGUGGUAUACCUAUUAGUAACAGAGACUAAUUGCCUCAAAAACUAAUCUACUCCAAUUAUGAUGAAAAAAUGAAAAUUGAGUAAGCCUAAAUAAAUGAUUAAAACAUAAAAUUUACCGACAAAAUAUAAGAAGAAUCAAAAGUCAAAGAAGAUCCUGACAGUAAAAAAUACAUCACUCUAUACGAUGAUGAUGAAAAUUCUGUUUAAUUCAUAGAUUAAAAAGUCAAAUAAUAAUAAUAACAAUAAUAAUAAUAAUAACAACAAUAAUAAAACAACAAAAAUCAUUUUACUUCUUAAAAGUGUUGCUUCUCGGAUACUAAACAAAUUUCGAGCAUUAAAAUACCUUCUAAAUAACUGAAUAUUACUGAUUUCGCUUAUUCAUCCAAAUAAGCUGUCAAACAAGACAUUAAAUCAGAAUAUAAUGUUUUUCAUAACAUGUUGAAAUAUACAGCCUCAGAAAUUGAUUAAUAGUUCCUUCAAUUUCACAAAACAAGUAUUUAUCUUUAAAAUAAUUUAUUAGUUGAAGAAACCAAAAAUGUACCUGCAAAAUAUAGAUUAAUACAUAAACUAAAUACAUAACAAUACUGA